GACUAAAAUAUAAACUGCGUGGACACCAGGUGGCGCAUUAAGGGCUUUUUAAAUGUUAUUUUACAAACGGCUGUCAGACAGGUCAUUCCCAAAGUUUAAAACGUAUGAUGUUACAUAUUUUUAAAGGACUUGCGGGUUCGUUGUUUGUUUGUUUGUUUAGCAUUUCGCGUUUAUCAAGACUACCAUAAGGUCCUUGGUGUUUAUCAGGACAGCACCAAUGCACUGGAGCUCACGCAGGACCAAAGAACAUUCCGGAGGAGCUCUAGAUGCCAAAAAGGUCUUUAGUAUGUUGAACAUUAAAGUGGAUGAUCUGCCACAUGGAUGAUUAACAGCCUCAGCUCCUUUUGAGUGGGUGUUGCAGGGGAAAUUUCAACCAGACAGGUUGUCUCCUGACAGUACUGUAAAUGCGAUGCCCAUCCUUGGCUCCGUGCCCGAUGCCAGCAGACCUUGAGGGAACCACAAAAACGUUCCUCUGGACCCUGAGAAUACCCCGAACCGCAACUCAAGCCGGUUGCGGGAUGAGACCGUCCAGAGACUCCAAAGCGAUGCAUUGCUCUCUCACCAGGCCCGUGACUCUCAGGCUACUCAGAUGGUUAAAAAGUGGUUUGCUCUGGUUCCUGCCUGGGUUUCCAUCUUGCCUGGUUAUGCUUCCCUCUGCAACAACGACACUGCAGCUGCAUCAGGCACACUGGACUAAAGCCUCCAUCCAAGUGAACCAGCAGCUAGCUGGACAUCCAGAAGCAAGGAUCUUUCAGUCGCUGCCUGAGCUGCAGGAGAGCCGUCUGGAUCUCAGGAGGAACAUAGUUGCAUGCAGCAAUGCCAAAAGCAGCUUCAGAGCCCCAUUCAUCAGGCCCAGGAGCUCCAGAGUCAGAGGCUGCAGUCAAAGGGCACCUGGUGCAGAAGAGGCACAGAAUGAAGAACUUGGAGAAUGUACGCUGCAGGAGGAGGCGAGGAGGCUGAGCGAAGAACAUAGUUCUGAUCUACAGGUGGAGAUAGACAGGCCAAAGACAAAGCAGCAGGAUAAGAGGGGUGCAGAGAAGGCAUGCAUUAACAGCUCUGUAGAGAGAGGCUAUGAAGGCACAGCAGCAAGCAGCUGGAGCUCCACAGCCCGGUGGCCGUAUUCCACUGAUCGAACACAGCGAUGAGGAGGCUGGAGGUCAAGGAAGACCACUGCAGUGACUCAGAUGUCUGUUUUUGUGCAUAUGCAGCCUUGACAGGAGGAGAGGACUUUGUUGUCAGCAGGUUGUGAAGACUGAGCAACUCAACUGUAUUAACUACAAAACCAUAGAUAGUUGGAGUGAGUUAGCGAGUUUUGGAGCUCUCAGCUGUGAAGAUGUCUGGCUUCUCAUGAAUAUAAUGGCACUCAGCUUGUGGUGCUCAAAGUGCCAAAACAAAAAGAUUGUGAAAAACUGAAAAGGCUCAAGACACUCCACAGACAUUGUUGUGCACAGUUUUAGGCGGGAACUAUUUCUUUCUGCCAAACAACACCCACUAACCAUAUUGCCGCGCAGAGGGGAGUGUGAAUCUUCUCGUGGACAAGAGGCUUGUGCUCAUGACAGCAAGGGAUGUAAACAUUAUAGUCGUCUGGCUCGGCUGAGUUGUAAAGUUAGUUAGUUUAGUUAGCUUAGUGAGUUUGAGAUGUGUAAACAUCUCCUCGGCUGAUAUCUCGAAUACAGAGUGGAAAACUGGAAAUGUUUUUAUUUUUCAUUAUGAGGUGAACUGUUCAUUAAGCCUGAGAUUCUGGCAUCUGUCAGAGGUGUUUCAGUAUGAAUUAUCAUAGGACUGCACUUGAUUUAUCUCUCAACACCAGGAAAUGUUGUUUCAGCAGACGGAGCUAGUGGCUGACAGAUGUUUCAGCACUGUGACUCUUAGUGUCCCGUGUCUUCUAUCCCCUCACCCUCCCACUCAACCCAUUCCUCCCAUUCCACACCAUCCGUCUGGGCUGUGUGUGGGCCAGGCGCUCAAUAAGCGGAUCAUUCCAGGUCGGGGCCCUCGUGUGAAAUCAGAUGUUUAACUGGCCGGCUGAAGUGGGACGGGAGCAUCUUAACCAGCACCUUGCCAAAGGUCUCGUGUUCAUUCAGCCACUGGGGCUGCUGCUGAGUACGCCUGCCACCUGCCAAUAGGCAUUAGGGAGGAUUUAGUAAUUAAGUGAUAGGCUGAGGACUAAAUUGGGUGUUUGUGGGCUGGCGAGCCACCCCAAGGUCCCUACAGCCAUGCAGAUAGGGGAUUCUAAUUGCCAGGAAUAUUGAUCAGCCUAGCAAGGGGGGUGCGCAGGGAAUUCACAAGCCAUCGAUUAGCUGUUACUGCACCUCCCUCGUCAAUGGGAGAGGGAGGUUAGCAUUGGAAAGGCUUUGGGCUUUUCCCACAGUAUCCUUCACCACCACCAGCUCCUGACACGCACAUGCACAGAGUCAGUGACACAGCAUGUUGUGAUCAAAACGCUCUCUAAAGCUUACCCACACACCGUCCUCCAUAUCCGUAAACCAGCUGUCAUAGGUAGUCCGGUAGUGAACGCGGGAGCAGAGAAAGGACUUUCAAGAGGCCUCGCUAACAGUGUUUUUAUGUACAAAUAAAGUGUCACCCUGAACCUAGCCCUGUCUUCCUCCCACUUCUCUUCUCUUUCCGUCUCCAUACCACUAGCCUUCCUGAGUUUGUAAGGGCUCUGACCCGUGGCCGUGGUCCUAGUUAAUGUUGGAGGGAGAGAGGGGACCAUGCUCGCCCUUUGAUAUUUAAUUAGUUGAUUCACCUGGCAGUAAAUAGGGCCUGGUCAGCGCUCACACACACACACACACACACAGAGACACACACACCUCUGUUUCUAGUUCCAUCACUUAUGCUCCAGUGACACAUCACCAUCACAAAAUAACCUGCUGUGCAAAACAAUACGGUGCAGGCAGAAUGACUAAACAUCCUCUCAUUAAAUGUUAAAGCUUGCCUGAUCAGAUUGAAUCUGUCGCACAUGCAAACCUUGCCGUCUAUUGAUUUAGUUCCCUUCAUGACAUACUUACAGCGCUUCAGUUUCCUUUGACUAGGCUGAAUAGAGAAGCAGUCAGUUAGGAGAUGGGUUAGAAAAUGGUUGGUGAUAAAUUUGAUGUUAAACUGGCAUAAGACAAAAGUUUUUUCUUUAACUUAUUCUGCAGAAAAUUUUGAUUGCACAAUGUAGUGGGUGUAGCAACAUGACACAAUUAUCCUAUAGACUGAUUUCCUAAACGUCCUGCCCAGUCUGUCUGUCGUUGCACAACCAAAACAGGAAAAGGUGUUGAUAUCCCCAGGUAACUGUGGAACAAUUGGAAUAGUUUUAUAAACUGUGCAUUGCAUAUGAAAAAAGAAUCCCGCUGAUGAAGGAGGCAGAGAAGGCAAGAUCAGUAUCAAAACCUGCCUGCUACGUUGGUACAAGAGAUCGGGGUGUCUUGGUAAAAUUUUGAGUCGUAAAGUUGUUGUUUUUUUGCUUUGGACAUUAGCCAGGCUGCUCACGGGAGCCAUGUUGAUAGCCCGGUCUUUGUGAUAGCGGCGCCAACAGUAAAACCACAGGGAAACGCUAUGAGAGGGGAUUUUUAAAGAGCUGUCUUUUUCAGCUGUAAUGAUGAACUGUUUUAUUUUGUGAUUGGGGAUUCUGAACUCACAUGGAGUUUCAGAGAAAAGCAGUUGAGGAGAACUUGGAGAAGAAAUUGCUAUUAGAAGUAUCACAGCUGGAGGGACGACUGGAGGAACACGAGGAGAAAUGUCAACGACAAUAAGCUCCGAGCUUGCAAAGUAGUGAAGGAUACAACAUCCAUGUGAUCGAGUUUCAGUUCAUUUUCAGUUAGACCCAACUGCCGCAUUUUACCUAGCUAACAGGAAUCAUGUCAUCACCUGUUGUGUAUUGCUACUAUCUAGAUUAUCAUCUUGCUUCAAGGACACUUGUGAAGGUGACAUGUGGAAACAAACCUGUCGGCUUCAUGUCAUUUGGAUCAACAUUUCAAAUUUUUUUUAUUGACAUCUAGUUGGCCCAGUUCAGUUUUUCUCAACCGUCUCAGCUGUUUUUUAAUUUUCGUGCUGGAAUGAAUUGCAGCAGUAGUGAGAAGGUUUGCUGCACAGCAGUCUCUAACCUGAGUCAUUUAGAGCCUAUUACAAAACAUCAAUAUAUUGAUCGAAGCGAGUGUCUCAGUAUACUGCUCUGUAAACACACAGUUCGUUCCGUUGUGCUUGCAUCUUAUCAGGAUUUGAAUCUGUUCAUCUUCAGUUCACUUAGUGGCAGCACUGUUGGCUUUUGUGCGACAGCUUUCACUUGCUCACUCUGUUGUGUUUUUUUUUUGUUUGUUUCAGCAGCAUUAUGAAAAUGAUAAAGUAGAAUGUAAAAGGUCUGAGUCUUACAUCAGUGGCACGGUUUGAUUCCAGUCCUGCUGCAUGUCAUUCCAUCUUUCCUUCUCUUGCUUUCACUCUCUGCCCUUUAUGUCUCUCUACAGAUUUGCUUUGACAACAGCAGAAAGAAAUCAUUCUUUGAAAAAAAUAGUGUACUUUUAUUUUAUUUGACUCACAUGUAUUAAAGGUUCUGCAUGGAAAGGACGGGCAUAUUUGAUUGUCUGUUGGCUCCCAGCCAUCCUCUGAAUGUAAAUGCUCAUGGCUCUUUAAGCUGCUUUGAAUGAGAACUUUUUUCCAUGAAUGGCAAACAGUGCAGCCUGUGGCCUGUGUGCCAACUGUACGAGAAAAGCCUUGUGUACCAUAACACAAGCCAGGCAGCAGGAGCAACAGGUCAGAGAGAGAUUCAAUUAGAGGCAGAUGGAGAAACUUCAGAAGAGUUUUGACUCCACUCGCAAACAGGUCAAAAGAUAUUUAGGGAAAAAAGAAACUUUCUCCAACUUUGUUAUUUUACUGGAAUUAUCAAACUUCAUGUCGUAUCACAAAAUGUUUGUGUUGAGCUGCAGAAUGUAAAUGGGUUGAAUUAAUCAGAAAUGAUUUGAGUGGCACCCCGGCCUCUUUUGUUUUGGAUUUUAGGUUUUGUAUUGACCUGUUGAAUUUUCUUUUUCAUCUUAAUUGGCACAAACGUACCAGCUGCAUGUGUUAAGUGUCUGAUUUCACUGUGGAUACUUAUUUUAUUUCAUAUUCUUCUGUCUAGUUUUGAACAGUUGUAUUUUGUAUAUUUAUUGUGAGCAUGUACCUACACAAAUACACCAACAAAUACCAAGUGAGAAUAUAAGGAAAUGUAAAUCAACCUGUUAAUCUCAAAUCAAAUUAUAUAUUAAGAGAAAUAAAUGAAAAGUAAAUGAUAAAUUACAGUACUGUAUGUCUGAUCCAUUGAUAAUCUAAGUCACCUAUGCAUACACUCAUAUUCCUGUAAAUAUUUGUAUUACUUAAGGAGACAUGAUAAGACUUUUCUGUGUAUGUGUUGACAUCAGUGACAUCCAGCAGCAGCAGAACGUAAAGGUGAGCGUCACAAUUUGAACCCGCGCUCCCUUGUGCGGUUUCCAAGGUCAUUUUGUCAUCUUUGACAGGGGUAUGUUUCCCCCCGUCCUCGCCUUCUGAUUGAAGCCUAGCUCCAACCUUCAUACACCACUCAGUCACCCUCCAGCCAUGCUCACAAAUUGAAUUAG